CACGAAUAGUAUAAAAAUAACUGACGUCGUGUAGAUCAAAUGUAGUUUACCAUUGAAUUUAAUUCAGUUAACAACUAAAUUAUUAAAUUUAGCCAAAAAAUCCAAAUAUAAAAAUAAAAUGGCAUACAAAAUUAUUGCUGUACUUGCAUUCGCUACCAUUGUAUCAGCUGGUGUUUAUCAUCAUGAUGAUGGUCAUCAUGCAGCUGUUGCACAUCAUGGACCUGUUUUACAUUAUGUUGCUGAUCAUGGUCAUCAUGAACAUCAUGACGAUCAUAGUGCCCCACAACCCUACGAUUUUAAAUAUGGUGUACAUGAUAGUCAUACCGGUGAUGUAAAAGAUCAACAUGAAACAGCUGAUGGACAUGGUAAUGUACAUGGAUCAUAUAGUUUAGUUGAUGCUGAUGGUUUUAAACGUACCGUAAAAUAUUCUGCUGAUCCACAUAAUGGUUUUAAUGCUGAAGUACAUCGUGAACCAUUAGGACAUCAUGCACAUGUUAUUGCUGCACCAGCAGCUCAUUACGCUCACGAUGAUCAUCACGGUCAUCAUCACCAUCAUUAUUAAUAAUGGAACUACCAAAAUUUAUUGACCAUAAUUAAUUUAUUUUAUUGUGAUAUAUUGUAUUUGUAAACGUGUAUUCUUGAGUUAUUUUAGUCAAAUAUGCCUAAAUUUUUUCUUUUUUCUUGAAAAAAAAAUUAAUAAAUUGAAUUAAAAUGUA